AUGGUUCGCCGUAAGAAAAAUUCGGAUUCAUCUGACGAAGAUGAACGACCAGUUCGUCGAAAACAAACAAAAAAAACAGAAGAUGAAGAAACUUCAUCAACAGUUCCCUCUGGAAGUUUACAAAUUCGUAAUAAAAUGGUUCGUCAGCUAAUGUACGCCAAAUUAAAACGUACGAAAUCGAAGACAAAAUUGAAAGAACGUAAAGCACGACAGCAAUCCGAUGCUCCAAGAGAAGAACCGAAAACAAUUGAAAAGAAACGUAAACGUGACGAAACAUGGGUCGAUGAAAACGAUCAAGAAACAUUAGAUGAUAUAUCCAAUGAUGAAUUAAGUAGCUAUUUCACUCGGCAAGCUGAUGGACGCGAGCCGAAAUUGUUAUUAACCAGUCAAGAAGGUUUUCCAACAUCGUUUACAAAUAAAUUUCUGAAAGAAUUAGCAAGAAUUUUACCUAAUACAACAUACUUUCAACGACGACAUCAUCCAAUCAAACGCAUUAUUAAGAAAAUGAAUAAACUCGAUUAUACAGAUUUGCUAGUUGUUAAUGAAGAUCAUGGUAAACCGUGUACUCUCUACGUAUCUCAUUUACCCGAAGGUCCAACAAUGAAAUUUCGCUUAACGAGUGCUCGUCUAUCUAAGCAACUUCGGUCCAAUCGUGGUAAAUCCUGUGCAAAAUUAACUGUACGACCUGAAAUUAUCCUCAACAACUUCAACACUCGUAUCGGUAUUCGUGUUGGCCGUCUUCUCGCUGCAUUAUUUCCUCACGAUCCACAAUACAAAGGUCGUCAUUUGAUUACCUUUCACAAUCAACGCGACUUCAUCUUCUUCCGUCAUCAUAUGUAUUUAUUCAAAAACGAGAAGAAAGUAGCAUUACAAGAACUAGGUCCACGAUUCACCCUCAAACUCAAGUCUAUCCAACGUGGAACAUUCGAUGCAGUCUAUGGUGAAUACGAAUGGAUCCACAAGUCCAAACAUAAAAUGGAUACAGAAAGAACAAAAUUUUUUCUGUAA